GAUGGCUGGGAGUUUUUAAUGUUGUGUUUCUCGUUAAACUGGUCAGAUUUUGCCUACUAAAGAGUAAAAAAGAGAAAGCAGAAGAAGACCACGUCAGUGUUUUUGGAUGAUCCGCCCGUGGAGGACCUCCUAAAAGGCAGGAAUGGCAGACAUACGGAAGAAGCUGGUGGUGGUCGGGGAUGGCGCGUGCGGGAAAACGUGUCUGCUUAUUGUGUUCAGCCGAGACGAGUUCCCCGAAGUGUACGUCCCGACUGUGUUUGAGACGUACGUGGCAGACAUUGAGGUGGACACCAAGCAGGUCCAGCUGGCUUUGUGGGACACGGCCGGACAGGAAGACUACGACCGCCUGCGCCCCCUCUCCUACCCGGACACUGAUGUCAUCCUCAUGUGCUUCUCCGUGGACAGCCCGGAUUCGCUGCAAAACAUCCCCGAAAAGUGGGUCCCCGAGGUGAAACACUUCUGCCCGAACGUGCCGAUUAUUCUGGUGGGCAACAAAAAGGACCUGCGCAACGACGAGAACACCAAGAACGAGCUGUCCCGCUUGAAGAUGGAGCCCGUGAAGGCGGAGGACGGCCGCGCCAUGGCCGCGCGCAUCGGCGCCUAUGACUAUUUGGAGUGCUCCGCCAAAACCAAAGAGGGGAUCUGGGAGGUUUUCGAAACGGCAACGCGAGCGGCCUUGCAAAAGCGGAGAACACCUGGAGACGGUUGCCUCAAAUGCUGCGUUUUAAUGUGAAUCAUCCUCCCAUCCGCGCGCUGAGGCGUCCGGACACGUGUGGGCAUGGUUUGGGCACUCCCCUGGAGCCAUACGCCCUCGAUUGAACCACACACACUACAAGCAGACUUUUUUUCCACAUUUUUCCCCGAGAACACUUGAAUAUCAUCUGAUUUUUGUUGUUUUUUGUGAGUCACAUGAUCACAGUCUGACUGGUGGAGGGGGUGAAAAGAAAUCUGAGCCACCUCCCAUGUGGACACGUCCUUGCCAAAGGCCUGAGUCUGGAUAGGUCACUAUAUGUGGAC